AUGGCGUGUGAUUGGGUUCUUAAUUGGAGUAGACUUUUGACUGUUCUUGGAGUUGGGUUCCUUGUAGGAAUGGGCUUACGAUUCCUUCUUAACAUAAGAUGCCCAACCUGUCUUGAGAGAGAUCUUGGAGAAUUUGACUGCUUGUCGAAGAGGGGAGUCGCCGUGCAUUCCAAGGUAAGUCGAGCACGGCCAGCUAGGGAAGCUCGACUAGUUGUCGUCGUGAUAGGCGACGGUUGGCAGUGGAAGGCAACUGUGGUGGAGCAGGUGUGUGCAGGUGGACCAGCUACUACUUAUUGUCGCACAUCUGGGUUGAAACAUGCUGGGCAACAUCAGCUGAGCGAGUAUCAAGGGGAGGUUGAUGGUUUGCCCCCUACUCAGGAUGUUGAGAGAUGGAAGCAUAACGUUCUAGACUUUGAUGAUUUGCUUGCAGAACAUGAGGAGUGUUCUGCCCAACCCCCUCGAAGAGGAAGGCUGAAGUCAAGUCUUCAAGAAAUGGAGCUGUGGCUUCGCGGGCGAAGGAUGUUAAGCACCUUUGUUGGCAUAAACAACAAGAAGGUUGGCGGUAUGCAAAACACUCAGAAUGUCCCACUCAAGCCUACUGCUGACAAGCUUAGAAGCCGUGAUUUGCUUCGGGAAGUGGUCUGCUUGCUGAGAGGCAAAGAGAUGCUGAUAUUCCUCUCUGUGGUUCAAGUUGUCUGCACUAGUGAAAGGAUGGAGAUCAAACUUGGAGGUUUGCUAAUCCGCCCAUCCAUUAGGGUCUAG